GUACCACAGACUGUACCCAGAAGUAAACAUGUGUACAAAAAAGGUUGUUUGUCCCCGUUGAGAUGUAAAUGGUGUAGUCUAUAUUUUAUUUUAAGUCUAUGAGCCUGUUGUAGCAAUAAUUAGAUGUUUAUUUUUUCAUUAAAUUAUGGAUCAUCCACACUUUUUUUUGGCUUGAAAUACUUAUUUCGAUGUAUGCUUUCGAGUGAUAUAAAAAAAAGUACAAAAUUCGGAGGGUGUUAUAUCUGACAAGCACCUGAAUUGUAAUAUGAAGAGGCAUAUCGGCAAUUCUGAUGGACACAAAUCCAAAAAAGGACACUGGGCACUGGGGCUUUUAAGCUCAAUGAAAAACAAGGAUUACCUAGUACAAUCUGAUGAUCGAGUUACUAUGAUUAAAGAUAUGUAUCCUAAAGCUUUGCAUCAUUAUUUAGUGCUACCUAACGAAAGCAUUAGUAAUUUAAAGGCCCUGGAUAAAAAGCACCUAUCGUUGUUGGAACAUAUGCAUGAGUUUGGAGAGAAUUAUGUUCAUAAAAAUCAUCCAGAUACGAAUUUUAUAUUUGGAUAUCAUUCAGAGGCCAGUAUGCAUCACCUGCAUUUACAUGUAAUUAGUAACGAUAUGAAUUCAUCAUGUUUAAAGACAAAAAAGCAUUGGAAUAGUUUCAAUUCAGAUUUUUUUCUUCAUUCGAAAGGUGUUAUAGAAAAUUUGAAAAGAAAUGGUAAAGUAUUGCUACCGUUGUCAGAAAAAUGUAAAGAAUAUUUAAAUACACCAUUGAAGUGUAAUCAAUGCAAUUUUUCUGCAAAAAACAUGCCUGGCUUGAAGACUCAUCUAUUAAGUCACGUAAAAUAGUUAUUAAUUAGAUUUUUAACUCAAGAUAGAAGUACCGAUCAGAACAAAUGAGAGAAACAUCUGUAGGUAUUCAAAGAGAAACAUCUGUAGGUAAAUCAAAGCGAGACGAGUCGAUUUUAAAUACAUGGUGAAGUCGCGCCUGAACAGCUAGUCACAAUUGUGAAGCUCUUGUGACAUUAUUAAGUAGUGUAUUGUAGUUUUCAGUUGUAUACUAAAUUAGUAAGACUCUUUAGUGUAUUCUAUAAUAGUCUAGAUGUUAAGUAUUUCUUAAGUAAGUUAAUUAAGGACAAUGUAUACUAAAUGUUUAUAAUUAGUUGUUUAAUAUUAGGAAAUGCAACUAUGCAUUUUGUGUCGCGCGAUAUGCCCAUUAAUAUUAAGAAAAGAAUAAUUAUUAUUAAGAAAUGAAUAAGAACAGUUGCACAUUUAAUUCGAUAAUAAAGUUGUUUUUUUAG